AGCAACUGCUCGUUAUUUUACAUUUGCCCACUCAUAAAGGAAGGAAACGAUACCAGCAGUCAUAUUUUGCUUAACAUCGAUUAACCGUUAUAGCUAGUAUGGCGAGGAAAAGGGACGCAGAUGAAUAUGAGGUGGAACGUAUAAUUGGACGGCGAAUCUCCCUUCAGAGAGGUGUCGAGUACCUGGUGUUUUGGAAAGGGUACAGGAUAGAGGACGCAAGUUGGAUAGAUGCCAAGGAAACACUGAACUGCAAGGAGGAAGUCGAAAAUUUUGAGAAGAAGUGCAGCGACAUGCGCCAAGGAAUCGGCUUACCCAGACCAAUGUCUGUUGACCGGUUCGAGAACAGGGGAAUUGCGAGUAUCGUGGACGAGGCACUCGAUGCGUUUGCUAAUAAUCUUUCGGUGUUUGGUGCUCAGGAUGUCGAUGCAGAAAAUGGCAAAAGUACCAGUCAGGCUAAUGCGCUAAAUAAACGAGGGGCCAAGUCCAUGAAUAGGAUUCGCCGUGGUAUGUGGGGGGCCACUCAUGGAUGGAGCAGGGUCAAUAGUGCAUCCUGGUCGCCUACCUGUAUGAUCAAAAAUAUCAAAGGCAUGUUGGCCGAUCCUUCACUUCGCCGUUACUUUUUGGUGACUUGGAGUGAUGGACAGGUUACUUGGGAAUCACUAGCAACGUCCGCCAGCCUGUUGGAUGUUCUGGAGAAGUACGAGCUGGCGAAAGAUCUCAGGUCCAGGAAGACACUAUGUCGAACCCUGCGCAAUUCUGCUCAUAGCAAGGAGUCACACAUGAGGUCCCUCUCAGAUGAGGAAAAUGCCAUACCUCAGAGCAAUUGCAACCCUGGAGACACAUCUUCCAAUGAAUGGGGUGGCAAAACGAAGGCUCUGGCAGAUACUCUUGGCCAAUAUGGAAGCUCUCUCUCACAUGCCGAAAGGCAGGAACUAGCAGGCAUUUCGGAAGCGGUUGAGCCUAUGGAUGUCGAGGAGGUACUGGCUUCAGGCACGAUUAGCCCCAGGAUCCCGCCAAAGGACUCCACCCCACUAGUGGGUAUGCCGGAUUGGUCUGGGGAUAUUUUGAGCAAGUCGAGUAUUAGGAGCGGAAAGCAGAUUAGGCACAUGGUCGGCGUUUUGCGUAGAUCGCCUAACAAUGUGGAUGCACGCAGUAGAUAUCUGGAGCAUAACAGGCUCGAUAUGGAUAGCGAUGGCCGAUACCUGGCUUUGCACUUUGAGCAAGCGGCAGUAAUCUUGGAACCACCAAAUGACAAGACGGUUGUCGUCCAGGCCAUCCCAGACCCUUGCUCAGAUCGCCAAGAGUUCAUGUACUGGUUGUAUGCAUACAAAAGGUACAGAGACCGGUGUGCAAUCGACAUGCGUGGAUGGUGGAGGUGGGUGAGUCGUCCAGGAGACUGUCUAAUGAAUGCUGUGAGCACGAUCAACCCAUCGUCAUUUUCGGUGAGCGCUGGACUCUCCGAUUUGGAGGUUGAGCGAGUCGAAUGGCUCCUGACUGCGUGGAAGGCGUCCAAGCCAGUUGUGUUCAAUACGAUCAGAAGAGUCCGCUUCAUGAAUACUGUGGCAGCUUUCAUUUCGGCAGCUACUGCUACACAGCCAGUUCGUGAGAUGUGCAGUUCCGGUGCUUCCGCAGGCGCUUGUGGCAUGGUUCCCUACCUGAUUAUCGCCCCACAUACUGAUAUCUCUGCCUGGUCAGCUAUCUUUAGGGCAGUCGCACCUAAUGUUGUUGUUGGCGAGCUGUACGGCGAUGAGGGUACCGUGGAAAUGCUACUUAAGCAUCUGGUGUUCCGCGGAUAUGGAAAAGGGGAGCUGAGCCCAGCGCUUUCAUGCCAUGUUGUUAUCGCAGACUUCGAGGCGAUAAAGAACGACACUGUGGCCAGCCUGUUACGCUCAACCAAAGUCUUUUGGCAGAGCAUCAUAACAUACGACGCGUUCCUGAAGGGCGAGUCAUUGCGUGACUGCUGGGAUCUGGUGGGUCGGCUCCAUUCGCGCCAGUACAUACUUAUUGGAUCUUCACAACCACCACAGAGCGUUUAUGACUUGUUUUCGCUAGCGCAUUUCCUUGAGCCAAAUCGGUACUCUACUGAAGAGUCGCUUCGGGACCACUUUGACUUGACUGACGAUCCGACAAGGGAGAAUAUUGUGAAGUGUGCAAAAAUGUUUGCGCUCAAGCAGGUCGUAGAAAAGUUGAAUACUGAUAUGGCAGCCUGCGCUGCCAUCUCGGGCAGCCGGCAGCGUCCAGAUGGUCACCAACGGUCGACUCCACCACUACCACCAUCUCCCAGUUCGUGCAAGUCGACAGCAGCCGAUUUUCGCGACGCGUCACGUAGCAGUACUUCAGCGUCGAUGUCUGCACAGCGUGCUAGCGAUCCGCAGAAUCCAGCACACUCAAAGGGCAGGCACUAUGCCUCGCGAAAACCAUCACCAGUGAUCAACACUCCAGCAACCCCAGUGCCUGUUGCAUACUCGAAAUCUAAGCCGUCCGCUGCGUCUUCUUCAAUCAGUAUGCACAACAUGCACUACUUCGACCUCGUUGUCCCCGUAGGUAUGACAGCAUGGCAGCGUCAGCUGUAUCAGGCAAUCAUCCGAAAGAGCAUGGCGUCCAUUCAGCUGGUAGGGCAGGUUAUCAUUAUGAUGCGGCAAAGCAGCCUAGAUGAUGGUCAGCGCAACAAGUGUUUAGCCGAGCUCAAGCGCCAACUGACUCCCAGUUGCAGCACAAACUCCGAACACGCAGCUGCCCAUCCUAGCACCAAUCAGUCGGAGGGCAAGCCGGGCGCUCAUGCAGCCAGCGUACUCAUGGAUAUUCUUGUCGAGGCCCUGAAGUCGACUAGCUACCCGCAUCUUAUCAGCAACACCGGAGUCUCGCCCAAUUCAGAUCCUGAGCAUCGCAAUGUCCUGGUUGAGUCUUCAGCCAAACUCGGCCUGCUUGACCUGCUGUUGCCAGGCUUGCUUGAACAGAGGCGGCGCGUAGUGAUAUUUGUGCAGCACCUUCGGACGCUUGAUAUUAUCAGCAAGUACCUGGCUAGUUCCCGUAUCGACCAUUUGCGAAUCGACAGCAGCCUUCGGCAGAGCGCUAGUCAAGAGCGUGCUGAUCUUUCCAACACAAAACAUUCCCCUGUCGCAAUUCUCAUCUCGUCGACGAUGUUCGAAUCAUAUGCACCAAAUCCUAUCACCGCUGAUACCGUCGUCUUCUUUGACAGCAGUGUCGAUGCUGGAGUAGACCGUGUGGCGUUGGGGCGUGUGACGGGUGCUGGCCAGUCCAAAUUCGUAUGGGUGCUUCGGCUGGUAGCAAGGGAUACAGCUGACGAACAUAUAGUUUGCCAUCAGCUGCGUGCAAAGAGCGGGUCUCCGGGCGAUGACGGCUCCGAGUCAGAUGUCGUCCGUCUGGGUGAAGCAAUCGUAUCUGCCCUAGGUACCAAUGCAGCACAAGUGCUCAGCAGUUCCUAUGUCAAUCAGACAAACGCUGACAGCGAGAUGGUUAGCGCAGAGCGUGCGGAGAGGAUACUUGACUGCUGCGUACAGGCAUCAGGGCUGCAUCAUGGUGCUCAGUCUAGCUUGCUGGGGAGAAGUGCCAACACGCAAUCGGUGUCAAUAUGUGAGCUGCCAGAUUCGUGGAUUCUCUCAACCGAUAAUAUGCCGGUGCAUGUUGCUACUGGACGCCCGAUCGAGUUCCAUGCUGUGAAGCCGAAACCAGAUACUGGCGCAGGGGUGGAAUCACCAGACCUACUGAAGAGCAAAGCGACCAAACGCAAGGCAAGCGAAGCAGUGGCCAUCUCCAGCAGCGUUGAUGCAGCUGUGUCUGGGACUGACGGACGGUCCAAACAGCUCAAGCUGGCACCUUCGACGACGACUGUCCAGGGGAUGAUGGCCGCGAUGAUCCAGCUCCCUGUAUCGGACCCAGGUUUGCCUCUAUCUCAGGAAUUGGUUACUGUCUACCCAGAGGAGCUGCCUCUUAUCAUGGAGCUCUUUGCUGCCAGGCUGACCGAGCUUUACAUUUUGCACACACGUUCUCAGAAACGUGCACUUUCUGAAGACGAGAGCAGGGCUAUCGAGCACCUGUUUGACGAGAUGUUCGAUAAGGACUUGCGCAAACCGAUGGCAAACACUGUUGAUACCACACCCAGCCUCUUCUUUCCAAUUUUGACAAAUCUCUCGAUAGCGCCAGGCGAAUACCCUAUGCCCUCCCAGCCUCGGCUCAGCGACGAGUGUCCUGCGUGCCGUGGACGUCCACAUGACGCUACAUUCUGCCCAACAAUUUGCGACCCAGCGUUCAUCCAGGGGCCUUGGUAUUUGACGCAGUAUACCUGGUACUACUUGAGCAGCGCGGAAGGAGCGGCUGUCAAUGCUCGCAACAUCAGGCGCCACCCUGAGUUCGCUGUCGAUGCUCGCCCAUUUGUUACCUUGGCCCGGCUCCAGUUGCACCUUCCUCUGACCCCUCAGAAUGACACUAUGGAGCUGUCGUCAGAUCUUUGCUUGGAGAGGUAUGCUGCUGUAUGCCAGGAAAUCACAGAGAAUUGUGCGACGAUCGUGGACGAACUAGCAAUCAGCGAUGUGGCUACACUGGGGCGCUCGUUGAACGAGCUCAAGGGCAUGCGGACUCGUUUGAUCCAGCUGACCCGUGCCAACGCUACCAAACAGUUUGGCGAUAGUUACGUGCCCAGUUGUGCCAUAGCGGGCUCAAGUCGUCAGAUUCUGGAUUUGAAGGGACUGAUGACGUGUUGUGACUGUCUGUCAAUCAAGAUUCGGCGUACUGAGGCCCGCAUUGCAAUUAUACAGGCACCAUUGCAGGCUUCGGUUGCUCCAGCCAGUUUCUCAGAAGUAGCUAUGGAUGCUGCUUUGUCUCCAAUUGGGGCAGUCCCUAGCUUCGAUCCUGAAAUGAGAGGGCGACUCUCCAAAUGCUUCCAACUGUGGGGUCUGCUCUUGGCAAUCCGUAAGAAGGGUAUGAGGCUGAGUUCCAAAGACUGCGCUAUCAUGGAUGAUCUCGCCAAGGCUGUGCGCAACUGUACUGGUGUUCUGAAAACCAGCAUUCAAGGUACGCCUAGCUCUCGAACAACACUAAACGCCGUCUACAGCUUGUACCAACACGCCGCCAAAACCAGCGCCUCCGACCCCGCCGUAUUUCAGGAGGAGCUUAUGAGAUUGGUUCAUUCGUUCCUUGAGCAAUUGGGCACUCAGAAAGCACCGGCUAGCCACAGCGACGCCACACCAGCAGAGAAGUCAUGGCCAGCUACAGACUCUGCAGUACUUGUGUCUCCAGAACCAUAUGCACCCAGAUCGACAGCAGCACCUAUCUCAAUGCAUGUGUCGGCCCCUGUUUUUGCGGCAGUGCUCACUUCAGCUACUACGUCUGCUUCAAUACUGAGGUCUAUUCCUGAUGGAGUUGCCACUGCUCAUCGACGUCAGCCCCUGUGGCAAACUCAAAAUCCGCGUCGGGUCCAGUUGCUAUUUCCAUCCCAGCCUCCUCUGCUUCAGAUUCCUCCCUGGCAUCACGAUUUGUUGCUAUCACCCCCGACGCUUGCACUAGCACAAAGAUCCGAUGCUGCUAUGCUUGCAAAUCGUCCUGUCGCAUUACCAGCUGUCACAGUAGAUCCUGGGAUUGCUGUCUCGGAAUCGGUGUCUAUGUCUGUCCAAGUGGCUACACCUGUUCAGGGAGCUGUUGCUACUACGCCGGUGCAGUCAUCGGUAGAAUCGCCAUACAUAGCACCGCAUUCGCAUGUCAGUUCGUCGGUAUCUGCAUCCGCUAUGCCACUAGCGAUAUCUGGCCCAAUGGACAUAUCAUGUCAGCCAGUGCUCCCGUGUGGUACUGUUGGUUCUAGCUCGCUCAUUCCUAGCCCCGGCACACCUGCUGUUGCCCAAAUUGGCUGGCCAUCAAUGGCCAUGGCAAGCUCAUCCUCGAAUCCUUCGGUGGACAUAGCUCCGUGCACGACGUCCAAUCCAUCUGGUGUCUAUAUCCAGCAGCCAGUUGUAGCGACAGCGCAGGUACAUCGAACGCGAACACCCAGCGUGGAUAAUAUGCAUUAUUCGAGAGCGUCCACUGCUACUCCCUCAUUUAUGGAUGCUGAUACCCACGCAUUGCUGACUCCUUUGCAUGCAUCGACACCACAGCAGCCUUCACUUGUCCACAGAUCUUCGGUAGCCACGGUUCAGUCAGUUGUAUGGCCGGCAACGAGCAAGCCCCAGUGUCCAGCCGCUUUGAGCCCGUUUUCUCUGGAUGCUAGUCCGGCAUCCCCUGCAUUCCCAGGUGCAUUUACCUAUGGCAGCAAUACCUACAGCCAGUAUCAGGCUGGGUUGCAGGUCGCUAAUCUGCAGCAGGCAGGAGAGCAGAUUGUUGGGCAACAGCAACAGUGGCAGCUUGAGCAGCAGCAAUAUGAGCAGCAAAUGGUACAGCAAUGGGUUGACAGCCACAUUGAGCACAAUCGUCUGCAGGUGAUAUUACAGCUUCAGCAACUCUCUACUAAGAUGAGAAUCCAAUACCUUCAAGAGGCCAUUGCACCCUACAGACAAUAA